UUUGACAAAAACAAAUCUUACAAAGCCAAGACUGUAUGGUCCAGAGCUCGAAGACUUCCCAGCAUAUCACAUCUUCUUCACACCGCCAGCAGUCACAUAUCUCAACCAUAAGAAUGAAAAACGCCUGAUGGUGGUUAGCGAAGUUGAGAAAUAUUGUGAUGGAACACUGAAGAUAAUCAAAGAACAGCUGCUGAAGAUGAAGGAACAGCUAGAGCAAAAUCUUGAGGAGGCAUCGUCAUACAUUCAAAAGGAACACUCAACAGUGGAGACCAUUCUAAAAGCCAUCGACGAUCGCCUAGACAAGAGAAACAUGCUAAGGCAAUAUGAGCAUGCACUGAAUAUUAGGAAGCACUAUUUCAAAUCACAGAAGUAAUAACAAGAUGACACUUGAUCACAAAGGGGGAGAUUGUUGAAAAUCAUUUAAUUGUGAAUCAAGUUUGUCACCUAUCUUGUAAUAGAUUAGCUUUAUUAUUUAUUCCUUGUAUUAAAUAUGUGUAUGUAUUAUAUUGAAUAUGGGCCAAGUGUUAGGCCCAUACUAAAGGCUAAAAGCCUUAUUCGCAUACCUGAACCUCGCCUAUAAAUAGGGAGCCGAGGAUUCAGGUUUAGGUUAACUUUCGUACUCGCUCAAAAUAGCCUUAGCGCAAAUACUUCUGUGUACGAGUUCACGGUAUAUCAAAGAGGGUUUACAUCGAUUCAUCUGUGUUCAUCUUUACUGUUAAUCGUCUUUGUUAUACUGCUAUUCAUUGCUGUUAUAGAAACAGGGACUAUCAAGGCAUUCGGGAAAAACAAUCCGUAACCGUCUAAUUUGUCCUUUGGCGGUGACCUCAUGGGAAAAAAUUGACGAAGAUAUGAAAUCUCACAUGUGGGAUUCAGUAACAGUACGAUUCUCUAUCCAGUUCAAUAUAUGACGUGUAUUUAAUUUAAUGGCAUCAGAUAGUUAUAUUUUAUUAAUCAUUAUUGGCUCUAUGUACUACAAAUAUUCAUGACAAUUUAAAAUUAUUGCAGGAAGCAUUUGAGGGUGAUGAUUUACUUAGUCAUCAAGAUGAUGUCCUUAAACACAUGUGUGAGUUAUGGAACAAAUGGCGGGGAAGGAUGCAUCUGACAUAUAUCAUGAACAAGACUAUGAAUGAAGCUCUCAAAAUAGUUCCUGAUGAUGUAAUUAAGGAUGAUUGGGAAUGGUUAGUAAAGGAUAAUUAUUUUACUCCACAAUACAAGGUAAGUACAACUAUCAUACUCCUAAAUUUAUAUUUUUUUUUAUUAGAUGGGAAAACUCUAUUAAAAUGCUGAAAACGGUUGAGUAUAUACUCUGGGUUUCCCAAAAAUAUAACUAACGGGAACAAUAUAGUCUUUACGAAUUAGCAAAAUACAGUCAACACUAUUCUCAACAACUUCCCUUAACUCCUGGCUAUUCCCAAGGUGAACAACACAGGUUUUACGCAUUUUGAUCCGUAAACGCAUUAAUGUCCUAUUCUUCCAGUAUUCUUCUAUUACCUGUGAAUCAAUCAUUGCACCAACAACAUACAGAAGAUGGUUUAUUUAGUCUAGAUUGAAGUAGUUUCCUCACAUUUCAUGGACUACUUUAGGACUUUGGAGAGGACACGAGAAAUAUUGCCUUUGAUAACAACAUCUAGCCACUUUCCAACAACUGCCGUGUUCAAAAUAACCAAGACAGCUUUUAGAGCAUUGUCUUUUGAUAAGUUUGGUUUAACCUGGAGCAAUCUUGCCUUCAUAGAUAUGAUUUCUGAUCUGAUUUUUUUCUACAAAUACAGGAAAGGAGUAAGCGAGCUUCAAAAAAUAGAAGUUAUUUACCAAUGCUUCAUCGUAUGGAUAGCAAGCCUGUGAGAGAGGUUAUUUAUGAAAUGGGAGGUAAAGACGAUAAUUCACCUGAUAUGGGAGUUCUUUUCUAUGAAACACACAAGAAAAAGGAUAAACUUGUCGAACCCGAAACUAUUCAAAAAUAUGAGGAGAUAUGUGAGGUGGUGCAAUCAAACACAUCUUUACGAAAUGUUGAUGUGGUUGAGAAGUGUUUUGGACCUCAACAACGCAUUCAUGUAAUUUGUCAUGGAGGUGGCGUGACUCGAAAGCAUUUGAAGGGACCAUCUUGUAAAAAGGCUGAACUUGAAGCCAAAUUGAAUGUCAGGGAUGAAGAAAAUCACUACUUGAAGAAUCGUCUAAAUACAUUAGAGGAUGAAUUCCAAAAGAUCAAGGAGAUGCUGCAAAGUCAAGAGAAAAGCUAGACAUUAACACUUGACAAUAUAUCUCUAGUUUUAUUUUUUGUUUAGAAACUUCAAACAUAUCAUCUACCUCUUAUUUUAUUUGUUUUUGAGAUACUAUGAUGAGCUGAAGAGUCUGCUACGAUUUGAUUUUGGUUUAUUUUUGAAACACGUUGAUUCUGCUACAUUUAAAUAUUUAAUCAUUAACUGGUUUUCAAUUUGCUUUAGCUUUGU